AUGGAACUCUAGAAGCAACAAUAAUUUGAGAACAUCCAUAUCUGAGAGUGAGACUCUGGUGCAGCAUAAUAGCUCUGUUCUUGCCUCAUGGGGCCCCCCUAGCCCAUUGGGCCCCUGACAGGAGUCACCCCUGUCACCCCCUGAUGGCGGCCCUGGGAGACAGGAUAUCCCGCAGUACAAUGUAUACAAGCAGUAAGAGGAGAAUGGAGGCACUGGUGAUGUCAGAAUCGGUAAUAUCGUGAUCGAAGAGGGAGCACUGUCGGAAGUGGCAUUAUCACUAAGGGAAAAGCUAACCGGCAAGAGUAAAGGCUCCUGUAGACGACACAUAUUCGUGACAAAGAAUACAGUUAUUCCUCCGCAAACAGUGGUGUGCCGCACACACGUUGCCCGGGGCGGUGACGUCAUGUUGGGGGCGGGCCAACCCGGGAGAGCGUGGCUUCAGCAGUUUUUGAAAUGUACUUAUGGUGGAGGCCUAUCCUUCUAAAAAGAAGAAAGGAAAAAAAAAAAGAAAAAAAAGAAAAUGAUUGUUACCACAUGUCAAGCAUAACCAGUUCUGAGUUCCUGAAGGGGUAAAUCAGGAAUUCAACUUCACUAGGUGAACCUCCUGUCACGAGGAUGCAAACAGGCAUGCCCCCACCACCACCACCAGUCAAAGGCAUGCAGCCACCACCACCAGUCACAGGCAUGCAGCCACCACCAUCAGUCUUCAGGCAACCACAUGAACAGUAUGCUCCCAGGCAUGAGGAGGGUUGGAUGGCUUCAGUUGAGGACCCGGAAGUGAUGCCACUACCAUUGACAUAUGACCCAUGGCAAGAUUCCUGGCCAGAGGAAUAUUCUUCUUUUGGCUUUGAGGGGGAGCCAAGACAGCCACAAAGGGUCCAUGUAUUUACCCCCCCCCCCCAACACAAUCUCAGGGCAGUCAUGGCUUUUACCCACAGACUAUGUCACAAGAAGUGCCAACUGGACAGGCUGAGUGGUCACACACUGGUCAUCAGUGGGACUAUCAAACAACCCUGAGAGCUCCACCAUCCUCAUCACUUGGGCGAGUUCCACCAUCCUCAUCACUUGGGAGAGCUCUACCAUCCUUGUCAUCACUUGGGAGAGCUCCACCAUCUGCAGAUGAAAAUAUAGCUGAAAGUACUCAAGCACCAGCAGAUGCAGCUGAACCUGUCCCACAAGAACCAGCAAAUGCAGCUGAACCUGUCCCACAAGAACCAGCAGAUGCAGCUGAACCUGUCCCACAAGAACCAGCAGAUGCAGCUGAACCUGUCCCACAAAAACCAGCAGAUGCAGCUGAACCUGUCCUACAAGAACCAGCAGAUGCAGCUGAACCUGUCACACAAGAACCAGUAGAUGCAGCUGAACCUGCACCUCAAGCAACUAGAAGCCCUGCUGCUCAAGAGCCUGUGGAUGCAUUGUAUUCUCCCCUGGGUGAGGAAUACAUUGCACUCCAGAGGAGGCUCAUAACAAGCUCCGAGAGCAGACAAAGAAGACAAGAGAGGUUCCACAGGAGCCAUGAGAGGUUCUUCAGGAGCCAAGAGAGGUUACACAAACGUAGCAUAGAGCUGCAGAGGGACAUGGCCGCAUCAUUAAGUGGAAGUGUUCAAAACCAGUCACAGAUGAUGCGAAUUCUGUCUGAUAUGCAGAUGCAGAUGGACAAUAGAUGGCGAGAACAAAAUCAACUCUUGGGUGUGUUGGUUGAGCACUUUACACACCAGCAGGACACUGCCUCCAGCCUAUCAUCUGUGGCCAGCACACCAGCAGAAACAUCAGAAUCUUCUCAAACUAGGAGAACAAAGAAAUCCACUAAAGUCACCUCAGCUCCCUUAUCCAAGAAGCCUAAAAAUAAAUAAAUAUUAUUAUAGUUCACCAUAAA